CAUACAUAUGAAAGUCGGCCAUGUUCUUUUUACUCGAUAUUUGAAAAUAAAUAUCCCAUCAAAUUAUAUUAAAGUACUUAUUAUGUUCAUUAAUGAAAAUUUUGUUUGAAAAAAAAAAAUAUAUAUUUGAUGAAUUGAAUAGCUGUAUUAUGUUUAAUUUUAAAGGAUUGUGUGUAUUCAUUUUAUCCUUAUAAACAUUGUUACGGAGUGAACCCAGUAUAUAAAAAAGUCACUAAAAAUAAGCCAUCAAAUAAGAGCAAGUAAAUAUAAUUAAUUGAGCGUCGAGAAAGAUGGGGGACCGUGACAUCCCGAGUGUACCUGUCACAACAUUGGCUGGAUUAACGAGCACAUCUGAUUUGCUAAGCGAGUUGCCAGUUUCGGAUUCUCUGCGAAGUGCAGCGUCCUUAAAUAAGUCUUUACUGUUUCAUACGUUAGUAGCCCAUGAAUCCCACAACUUACUUUCGGUUAGGGAUGAAAAUCUGGUGAAACAAUUGGUGAACGCUAUUGAAAAAACUAAUUCUGACAAUAUAGUAUUGAAAACACAUUACAAAAUCCAACAAGCUGCAGAUUGCGUUAGUACAUAUCCAGAGCUAUUGCAGGGAAUUUAUACAUUUCGCCCAUCAGUUUUUAACACUGCUGUAAAUAUACUGAGCAAUGAUCAAAGUUUUUUAAAUGAUCAACAUUACCUUAACGAAGGUACUAAGAAUGAGUUAGAAUCUUAUUUACAAGUUUCUGGUCAUAGUAACGAAAAAUUAGAACCUCAAACCAGGCCACCACCCUACUUGAAUCCAUUAACCAGUGGGAACGCGGAGUAUCUUUUAGACAAUUGCUUGCAAAUGAACGACCGGAAUUUAAAUGUAAACAAAAAAAAUGAUUCCUUACCAACAUAUAUUGAAUCACUGGAAAACACAUCUGCUUUGACACCAGGAACACUUUCAGAUUCAAAAUACCUAAGGGAUCAGAAAAAAGAUUCUUUAAAAAUAAAUUAUCACUUGGAUCAUCCUCCAAAUGAGUUUCAACGAUCCUUCCAAAGUGAACUCCCAAUUCAUCUGAAAUCAUCUUUUCAGUUUGAAUCUAAAGACGAACAAAAUUUAUAUACAUCACAAAGUGAAGGAAACUUUCUAGAAACUACAAAUUUAAAUAAUUCUUCAAUUCAGUGCUUUAAUGGCCAGUCUCUUUAUUUUUCCGACAAACACCCACAAACUUUAACAUCUGAUAUUCAGAACCAACGUGUUGCUUCCGCUACAACAUCAACAUCUACUUCAUCAAGCGGCAAGUCUCAGGUACGGGUAUGUAUAAAUCGCCUUAAUGUUGAGGAUACACGCCUAAUGCAACAGAGUAUUAAAAAGUUUGUACAAAAGUCACCAGAAUUGGCUAGAAGUAUGGGUUUACUACCAGAAACAACUCAACAACUGAAUGUUAACUUGAAUAUGAUGCCUUUAGUUUCUGGAAUUUUGAGUGGGGACUGCCAUACCUCAACACAUUCUACAGUUGAUACUUUUUCAACAAUCAAAGCUGAUGAAUCACGGGUUCCAGCAAAGCGAAAGAAUGCUAUAGCAAUUGGUGACAUUCCACCAGAAGAAAUUUACUCAAAGCCAAAAGUAAGACGAGUUGAAAGAAUUAUGCCAUUGUUAAGUACAAAAUGUUCAAAAGAUGAAUAUACUCGAUCCCAAACAUACCAACAGUUUAUGCGGAAUAUGGAACAAAUUAUUGAAAUAUUGGAUGAUACGGAGUCUCCAAACUUUGACUCAGAGGAUGUUGACGAGAAUAUUGAGUGCAUUUCUCCAAAACUUCUUAAUUCAAUGAGCACGGAUGUUGCCAAAUUAAAAGCUAAACAGGCGUUGGAUUCCGUUCCUAAAAAUAAGCUAACACUUCUUAUCAAUUACGCAAUGCGCAACAUUUAUUUGGCCAGGAAUUACUUUGCUGGACCGGAUGAUGAAGAGCAAUUAGUUGAUGAAGAAGCAAUUGAUAAAAUAUUGCACGCAAUGGAUGCUUGUUUGCUUAUAUGUAACAUAUAUUCUACAGUAAGCGAUCUUACAUUUUUACAGGAAGAUAAUAUAUCACAUAUUAUAAAGUUUACUCAAUUUCAACUGCGUGAAACUAUAUUUCCAAUCCACGAUCCGGUUUAUACAGUAAAAAAUAUGAAGAAGCCCAAUCACCGUAAAAAAAUGAAGUCGCAACAAGCUCAUAAUCGCAGUCUACAACUUUUUUAUUCAAAAACGGUUGAACUUUUGAAAGUUUUCGUGACCCUGUUUGACAAAUGCGUUUUUGUUGAUACGAUAGUUUUGCCAUUGUCUACGCUAGCUAUAGAGCCAUUUUUUGUUGAUAAUAUAGAGAAUCUGCAAUUUGUAUGCCUUGAGUUAGUAACCACGAUUUUUCGAAAGGAAAGAUACGACAAAAUAAGGAACAGUAUAUUAGGUGACAUAUUGUCAUCCAUUGAUAGAUUACCUUCAUCAAAAAAAAACCUCCGCCCCUAUAAACUUACAAAUAAUGGAGGAAAUAUUCAAAUGGUUACAGCACUUGUGCUUCAAUUGAUACAAUGCGCAACUAUAUUACCAGACUCCCUUUGUCAUAGCGCUAAAUCUAAUAAUACGCUUAAUGAAAACGACAAUGAUUUGGGAAGUGGUGCUACAAAAGUGGUACAACCAAAUAAGGAUAUUUUUGUAUUAAAAAAAUAUGACGUUGCGGUUAGCAUUGGCGGAAAUUUUUUGACUACUUUUUUAAAUAAAUGUAAGUCUCGAACAAACGAAACUGAUUUUCGGCCGCUUUUUGAAAAUUUUAUUCAUGAUUUACUGACUACCGCUAAUAAGCCUGAAUGGCCAGCUUCCGAAUUAUUAUUAUCGCUUUUGGGAACUAUGCUUGUACGCUACGUUUCAGACAAAAGUAUAGAACAAAGCAUUCGCUUAGUUUCACUAGAUUACUUAGGCAUUGUUGCUGCUCGAUUACGUAAAGACACGGUUGAGUCAAGAUGUAAAGUUAACAUAAUUGAUUCUAUGAUCAAAUCAAUAAAAUUAGAACAAGAAAAAGAGGGAGACUUGCCAUGCCAAGACCUCGUUUAUAAAUGGCCCCCAGAAGAACAACGAACGGAGUUCUUACAAAAAAUUCUUCUCGACUUCCUUGCUGUCAAUGCGGAAGAAGAAAAUUUAAUUUGGGACUACGCUCGACACUUUUAUUUGGCUCAAUGGUAUAGAGACAUAAUUUACCAAAGACGUCGAAUCAAAGAUGGACAAAAAGGAUUAGCUUUAAAAAAGUAUAAAAUUAAAGGUCAACAGAGAACUGGUGAAUAUUUGGAUACAUCUGAUUCUGGAUCCUGUGAAGAAAUAGAAACGGAAGAUUCUAAAAAAUGUGAAAAUUCUUCACUUCAUGUCAUGGACAUUGAAAACAAUAUUGAAAUUUUUAAUGCUUUGGAGGCAAGAAAAGAAUACCUAGUAAGCCAAAUUAAACCGUUUUCACUAUCCGGUGAACAACACAUGACAUCACAUCCUCAUUUGAAGACAUACAUCGAUUAUAACAAUGCACAAUUAAUAGCGCAAUAUUUAGCGACGAAGCGACCGUUUAGUCAAUCUUUUGAUGGAUGUUUAAAAAAAAUUAUUUUGGUCGUGAACGAACCGUCCAUAGCAGUACGAACUCGAGCAAUGAAAUGCUUGGCCAACAUUGUUGAAGUUGAUCCAUUGGUACUUAAACGAAAAGACAUGCAAAUGGGUGUUAACCAAAAAUUUUUAGACACAGCUAUUUCUGUACGUGAAGCUGCUGUGGAUCUUGUGGGAAAAUUUGUACUUAGUAAUGAAGAACUAAUUGACCAGUAUUACGAAAUGCUGUCGACUCGAAUAUUGGACACUGGUGUCUCCGUACGAAAAAGAGUGAUAAAAAUUUUGCGUGAUAUUUGUAUUGAAUAUCCAGACUUUUCGAAAAUACCUGAAAUUUGCGUUAAAAUGAUACGUCGCGUUAACGACGAAGAAGGCAUUCAAAAGCUUGUUACUGAAGUUUUUAUGAAAAUGUGGUUUUCACCGUGUGUAAAAAAUGAUAAGCAUGGAAUCCAAAGGAAGAUAAAUCAAAUCAUUGAUGUAGUAAACACAUCUCACGAUGCAGGAUCAACUUGGUUAGAAGGACUUCUUUUGAGUAUUUUCAAACCAAAAGAAAAUAUGUCAAAAUCUGAUGGGAGCGUAAAUGAACCUGUAAAGAAAAAUACUGAGCCCGCACCGGAAAUUAUGCUAGCUUGUCAGCAAUUGGCUGACGGGCUUGUUGAUCGAUUAAUUGAACUGGAGGAUACUGAUAAUGCAAGAAUGCUUGGUUGUAUAACCACACUCCAUUUACUAGCAAAAGUUCGACCGCAAUUGCUUGUUCGACAUGCUAUGACUAUAGAGCCUUAUCUGAAUAUAAAGUGUCAUUCAGCGACUGCUGCGAAAUUUAUAUGUGCGGUUGCAGAUAUUCUUGAAAAAGUGGUCCCUCUUGUUAACAAUGCUAGUGAAUCAUUUUUGGCUUCUCUGGAGGAACAUUUGAUGUUACUGGUUGUUUCGCGAAACCAAGCUGAAGUUACUAGUUGCGUGUCCUGCUUAGGAGCUCUUGUGAAUAAGAUAACCCAGAACUUUAAACUGAUUCGUGAUUGUUUUCAAAAAUUUUAUCGAGUACUGGAUUUAGCUCGAUGUCAGGUGGUUCAAAAAAAGAAUAAUGUUGACAAUAUUUACACGCCCAGUUUUCGACGAAGUCUAUUUACGAUUGGAAUUUUAAUGCGAUACUUUGAUUUCAAAUCCCCAAUGGCAUUGGGUGAAAUAAAUGAUGGGCUUCCACCGACAAUAUGUGAUGAUGUUUUUGAAUGUUUAAUGUUUUUCUGUAUAUGUGGAAAUCAAGAAAUUCGCAAGCAAGCAUUAAUUUCAUUGGGAUCUUUUUGUGUUUUGAAUGAUGACUAUUUAACAAGGCCUAAACUUAAAAGAUUGUACUGUGAUAUAUUAAGUUCCAACAUAAAUGAUUCUGGAUUCAAAAUUAUUUGCAUGCGAAAUAUUUGGAUAUAUUUAACAGAAUCAGAAAUGUUUAUGCACAACAAAGAAAAAGAAUGGGAGAAGCAGUCAAAACACGAAGAUCUUAAAGAAAUGAACGAUGUUUCAUCUGGAAUGGCAAGCAGAAUCAUUCAACUUUAUUUAGAAGAAAUCCUUGAAUGCUUUUUAAAUCGGGAUGAUGCAGUGCGUUUAUGGGCAGUUAAAGUAAUACAAAUUGUUCUUAGGCAGGGACUAGUACAUCCUGUUAGAAUGGUUCCAUAUUUAAUUUGCCUAAGCACUGACCCCAAACUGGAGUCAGCCCAUCGAGCCGAUGCAUUAUUGAAAGACAUAGACAAAACAUAUUCGGGAUUCGUAAAUAUGAAAGUGCAAUUGGGGUUACAAUUGUGUUUUAAACUUCAGCAAAUAUUACAAAUAAACACCAAGGGAAAGUCAGAAAUUAUUCGCGGGUACACAAAACGGGGACAAGAUCAUGUCACAACUGCACAGAAUGAUUUUCUUUAUACCUUACUUCGGACCACCAAACCACAAAGGAGAGCAUUGGUACAAACGGUGACAAAACAAUUUGAUGAUCAAAAAACAUCUCUACAACAAAUGCUUUAUAUUGCUGAUAAUUUAGCAUAUUUUCCCUAUAUGGUGCAGGACGAACCUUUGUACCUUAUUCAUCAAAUUGAUCUUCUUAUUUCAAUGGCGGGAACGCAUUUAUUAGCUACAUUUAGAGAACACUUAAUGCCAACUGACAAGCAGGGAGAUGUAUUAGAGGAUGACGAUGAUGUAGAAGACCCACAGCUUCUCUUUAAUCGCCUCCCCGAUGACAUGACUGAAAUAAAAAUGUGUAUAACAUCUGCGCAAGCAUGUAUGUUACUGUUAAUAUUGAAGGAUCAUUUAAAGGAAAUGUAUGGUCUUACAGACAGUAAAAUUUCAAGAUAUUCUCCGUCUGAACAAAAGAUUUAUGAAAAAGCCGUAACACGAAGAAGUGUUGCUGAUUUUAAUCCCAAAACGACCAUUGAUGUAAUAAAAAAACAAAUGUCUCAACAAAUUAUAAGCACAGAGCAAAAUUUUCCACCUCCGGGUCUAACCGGUGCAGAAAAGCUAGACCUCGUCGUAAAGUACCUCGAUUUUAAGCAGCUUAUGUUAAAACUUGAUCCAGAAGAAGCAGAAUCUGAUUUGGAUGAUUCACCCGAAAAAUCUAUUAAUAGUACAUUUUUUGGAGAAAGUUCAUCUCAAGCUAAAUCACAAAAAAAGGUCCAAAAUGAGGAAAGUGCCGUUGUUUCAUCUUUAAAUAUGAAUAACAUAAACAACAUUAAAUUUUUGACCGUUUCUGGAGAGGAGAUUGAAGCUAAAGGUGAAAAUAGCGUAAAAUCAUCUGUUUUAACAAAAAAAUCCACUGGCCGUAAAGCACAUUUAGUUCGAUGUAAAAAUAAGCGAAAAAAAAUGGAGUCAUCCGAAGAUGAAACGAGUGAUGAGGAUUACGCGUGAAUAAAAUGGAUUUUUACAUUGUAUUUAAUAAUAAAAUAAUAUUUGUAAAAGUUAAAUGGCUACAAUUUAGUUUUGCGUACAAAUCACAUUUUAGUAUAAAUGAAAGUUUGAAAAAAUAUAUUCUUUAAAAACAAGUAAUAAGUAACAAGUAAUAAUUUUAAGUAAUAAGUAUAAAAUAAAAUUAAAAAAUGUCAUUAUUUAAUCAAUCUUAGUUAGAAACUUAAAAAGAGCCUGCUAAAAAAGGAAAAAUAUAUCUAAAAAACUACUUUUGUCUUAAACACUUAACUAAAAUAUACAUAAAUUUGUAAUUCUUUUUUAAAUACAUUUUUAAUCUGGAAAAA